UCUGUACAGAUUUACAUUCCAUGCCCAUACUCCACCUCAUUAUAGGAAACCUUUAGAUGUUUUGCAGCCAGUUGGGAGAUGAAAUCCCUCCACGGGUGUCCCGGGUCUUUUCCCGGGCCACCAUCCUUUCUGGAAGAGCUGCUUUAGGAGUCAUACCCCCGCUUAAAAAUUACUGGAGUGUUGUUUUCGUCCGCAAGAUGGCUCUACUCCCAAGUCCCAGAGCUAAGACCGCAGAAAUGGGCCGUCUGCUUCGCCGAUGUGACCGACAAUUUUCCAUACCACUGGACAUUUAUUCUUGUGGUCAUCAACAAGCCAGACAUGUUUGAAGAAGUCCUCUGCCUUACUCAGUGUCUCAAUGACUGACCCCUGUGUCUCAUAUUCCCAGGGGGUGCGGAGGAGGAGUGCGACACAUGUAUGUUGAUCGCAGGGAAAGUGACUGCACGUUCCAUCUGUCUAUCUUUUCCUCCCGUCCACAACAUACUUGAAGCAGUUGGCUGCUUUUUAGAGACGCGUUUUCAGGAGAAAUGGAAAAGCAAGAACUGCUCUGCUGCCUGGUAUUAGUUUUUCCUGCCGUCUGUUUGCAAAGUCCCACCGAUUGCAGUGAAGUUCAGAAGUUGUUCCAUUUAAAUGAGAUUGGACCGAUAAAAACAGUGCCUGAAACACCUAGGAAGGGGAGUGAUCUUCAAGUGUGUGACUCCCUCGGUGUAACAUGCUGUACCAAAAACAUGGAGGAGAGGUACCAGACAGCAGCCCAAAAAAAUGUUCAGAAUUUAAUCCAGAUGACCAGCUCCAGCCUGAGGACCUUAACUUCCCGGAAUGUCGCUGAAUUUCAAGAAAUAUUCAAAAGUCUCACCUGGAAGGCAGAGAAUGAUACCAACUCGCUGUUUAACAGCAUCUACCAGAGUUUGGCCCCAGAAGCCGAGGACCUCCUCAGGGAGCUUUUCACCGACAUUGGCCUCUUUGUGUUGGGCUCUGAGCUGGGCAUGGAGGUCAGCGUCUACCGUUUCUUUGAUGGCCUCUUCCCACUGGUCUACAAUCACCUCAUCAACCCUGGUGUGACCGGCAUCUCCUCGGUCUACGCCGAGUGCAUCCGUUCGACCCGCCGGCAACUGAACCCAUUCGGACGUUUCCCCAAAGAGCUUGCGGAUGAAAUCGGGCAUUCCCUCCUCCCGACCCGCGUUUUCCUACAGGCCCUGAAUCUGGCCAUCGAGGUGAUCAACACCACGGAUCACCUUCAGUGCAGUGCGGAGUGCACACAGGCCUUACUCAAAAUGCUGUACUGCCCACACUGCCAGGGUCUGACGCAGAGCAAGCCCUGCAUGGGCUACUGCCUCAAUGUCAUGCGUGGCUGCUUGGCCAGCGUGGAGGAGAUUGAUGGCCAAUGGAGGGAGUUUGUCCGCUCUGUGGACGAAGCAUCCAGUCGUUUGCAUGGUGCCCAUGAGCCCGAACAGAAGCUGCUGGCAGUGCAUCUGCCCAUCAUCAACGCAGUCAUGCAUGCUCAACAAAAUGGGCCCAAGCUCUCAGCUCAGGUUCACAAGGUGUGCGGGGACCCUGACAGGACCGCGGGAGAGUCGGUCAGCGUUCAGCAGGAGGGCGACUCUGCCAGGGCCCCGAGACGAGCUGCCCAAAUGACUUUCAGUAGCAAGAGAAAGGAGUUUGUCACCAGUCUGAGACACUACCACACGUUUUAUGCUGUCCUGGCAGACAAGCUGUGCGUCAGCGAGCUGGCCUCGGGCGAUGGGAUGUCAUGCUGGAAUGGCGAGGAUGUCGUUAAAAGCUACACCCUUCGGGUGGUGGACAGCGGGAUUAGAGCCCAAGCCGUGAAUCCGGAGGUCAGAGUAAAAGGCCCCGACCCGGUGAUGCAUCAGAUCAUCGACAAACUGAAGCACGUCAAUCAGCUGCUCCAGGGGAAAGCUGUUCUGGCGAGUGGCAUGUUGGACGUGAUUGAGAAGGGCAGCGGGGAACCAGACCUGCUCUUCAGUGGGGACUGCGAUGAUGAGGACGGCUGUGCUGCAUCGGGCCACGGUGAGGCGGGGAAGCCGAUGCAAGUCGCUGAGUCACAGACUCCAGACAAGGUGAACGACCACAGAAGGAGCAGCACGCAGAUGAAGACCGUCAGAGCAGAUUUGGAAUCGGCCAGUGGACACGAGACUAGAGCUGGUCUGCUGACCCUCAGUCUGAUAUUCAUCAUCGCCCAUCUGUGUGGCUAAAGCCAGCAGGCUUUCGGUCCACCAGUGCAAAGUCCCAUUUUUUCUGUUGUUAAAAGUGAUACAGACGCAUGACAUUUUAUGGGGAUAUAGGUGAUAUACAACAUUGUGUAAAGCUCCCCUUUGAUGACAGAUUCCAGGGGAUGGGUUAGUAAAAGGUCAUAACAGGCAUUUGUGAUCAUUUACAGGACAAAACACAUGAGUGUUUAAAUGUAGCCAUGGUGAGGCUGUGGGUUUCUCUUUGUCUCAUCUAGCCAUAAUCAGCCUUGUCUUUCCUCUACAUAUAAAUCUGCAGAAUGUUAAAUGUACGUAUUUUAAUUAAAUAUUUUAUAAUAUACUGUAAAGUACAGAGGACAGAUAUAAGUAAUCAUGGUAACACAGUGCUGCAUUUAUUAAACAGGUAUAAUUAUAACCUUCACAUUUUUAAUACAUGUAAUACGAUGCACUAAAAAGUUAAGAUAAUAUCACUGCUUUUUCCCUAAAACAAGAGUAAAAUGUAAUUUAUAUCUUCAUCUACCACUGUAUUUAUUUUCAGUGGAGUAAAAAGAAUUUGGUAUCUUAUGCAUUCAAGAGAAAUACUCCAGAAAUUGUCUCUCAGGGCAGGAAUAAUUUCAUUUCUUAAUUGUGUAUAUUUGGUUUUCCCUGGAAUUUCAUCCUAUUCUGCUGCUUCCAGUUCUGCAUCAGACUUGGCGAAGGCGACCAGCCCCCGCACCAUCUCACUGAAAAGCAGCCUCUCUGGGCGUCUGUGAAGUGUCCCUUCCAAGCUGAUCGCAUACUUAAUUACUGUAGGUUGCAAAGCACUUUUCGCUGCCAGUGUGACCCUGUAUUCAUGGGACAGUGGUUAUGAUGUCAUGAGCCGUGCAAUGAAAUUCCGCAAUUCAGUGCAUCACCUACAGGGGUAUCACUAGGUGGCUUGGCCCUGUUGCUCUGUGUGUAACUUUCCUUAUCAGGUAGAAGAGGGUAAAUUAAUAUGCAUGUUCUUCAGUGAGGACUCAUCUCAUCUGUCAUUCCAGGAAAGGAAAAUGCAUAUAUUUAUGUUACCACUUACUGUAUUUUUAAACCUAAUUCCCUUUUCCUUUCUUUUUUUUAAAAGAAGUUUAUUUAUUUAUUUAUAUUGAUUGCUUAAUUAUUAUUCAUGUAAAAUUACUGUAAACAAUGCAAGUUGUUACAGAUGUUUGGCCAAGAGUGUAAAAAUAUUGUUUUGACGGGGGAAAAAUAUAACCUUUAAUAUCA